AGCCUAGCGCACUGCACAUGCCUCACCGCUGGUUUCUCGCCCUUUCCCAUCCCUUUCCAUCCUAUUCCUCUCCAGGUCCGGCCAUGGAGCUGCGCUCAGAGCUGCCCAGCGUACCCGGCGCGGCGACAGCUGCAGCGACAGCAACAGGGCCUCCAGUGGCCUCGGUGGCAUCAGUGGCUGCGGCGGCGGCGGCGGCCGCAUCGUUGCCAGUGAGCGUUGCUGGAGGCUUGCUGCGUGCUCCGCCACUGCUGCUGCGGGCUGCAGAGAAGUACCCGCGGACCCCCAAAUGCGCGCGUUGCCGCAACCACGGCGUGGUGUCGGCGCUCAAAGGCCACAAGCGCUACUGCCGUUGGAAGGAUUGCCUCUGUGCCAAGUGCACGCUCAUCGCCGAGCGCCAGCGCGUCAUGGCGGCACAGGUGGCGCUGCGCAGGCAGCAGGCUCAAGAGGAGAAUGAGGCGCGCGAGCUGCAGCUGCUCUACGGCACCGCCGAGGGCCUGGCGCUGGCCGCCGCCAACGGCAUCAUCCCGCCGCGGCCUGCCUACGAGGUCUUUGGCUCCGUGUGCGCCGCGGACGGCGGUGGCCCAGGGACGGGCGCACCUACGGGGGGUGGAGGCGGCGCGGCCGGCGCUGGGGGCGCAGAGGCCAAGCUGCAGAAGUUUGACCUUUUUCCCAAGACACUACUGCAGGCAGGCCGCCCAGGCAGCCCGCAGCCCCCACUGGGGAAGCCAUUAUCCCCUGAUGGUGCGGACUCGGGUCCCGGGACCUCAUCCCCCGAGGUGCGGCCAGGCUCUGGCUCAGAGAACGGCGACGGCGAGUCAUUUUCGGGUUCGCCUCUGGCUCGAGCUUCAAAGGAGACAGGUGGCAGCUGCCCGGGCAGCGCUGGCCCCGGCGGCGGUGGCGAGGAGGACAGUCCCGGCUCCGCCAGCCCUCUGGGCUCCGAAUCUGGUUCAGAGGUCGACAAGGAAGAGGCCGAGGCAGGCCCGGCGCCAGGGCUGGGCGGAGGGCCGGGACCACGGCAGCGGACGCCGCUGGACAUCUUGACGCGCGUCUUCCCGGGCCACCGGCGUGGCGUCCUGGAGCUGGUGCUGCAGGGCUGCGGCGGCGACGUGGUCCAGGCCAUCGAGCAGGUGCUGAACCAUCACCGCGGGGGACUGGCUGCCGGCCUGGGCCCUGCAGCGCCCCCGGAUAAAGCCACAGUGGGUGCAGCCGCGGCCACAGACGACGCGUGGCCCGGUCGCGUGGACGCGGCAGCCGCCGGGGGGCCCGGGCUGCCUGCGCCGCUGCAGGCCGGCCCCGCCGCACCCCCUCAUCACAGACCCUUGCUGGCUGGCGCCAUGGCGCCCGGGGCGCUGGGCUCACUGAGCAGCCGCUCGGCCUUCUCACCUCUGCAGCCCAACGCCAGCCACUUCGGCGCCGAUGCGGGCGCCUAUCCGCUGGGCGCGCCCCUCGGCCUCAGCCCCCUGCGACUGGCCUACUCGGCGGCGGCUGCGCACAGCCGCGGCCUGGCCUUCAUGGCGCCGUACUCCACAGCCGGCCUAGUGCCCACGCUCGGCUUCCGGCCGCCCAUGGACUACGCCUUCAGCGAUCUAAUGCGCGACCGCUCGGCCGCCGCCGCCGCAGCCUCGGUGCACAAGGAGCCCACCUACGGCGGCGGCCUGUACGGGCCCAUGGUCAACGGCGCCCCUGAGAAGCAGUAGGGGAGACGCCUGGCCCUCCCGG